UGCGCGAUGGGCUGUGAUUGGCUAAUGGGCGCGGCGAUGCUCCCGCCUUCCCUCCCUCCCCGAGCGACAGGCCCCGGCUGCGCCCGGCCGGAGUUUGGUGGAGGGACGGGACCGGCUCAGUGGGGAGGCGGACGGGGUCUCUCCCGUGGGUGACUGAUACUCCCUGCUGUUUGGCCACUCCUCCCUCAUGCCGCUUGGACUAGGCCGCCGGAAGAAGGCCCCUCCGCUGGUGGAGAAUGAGGAGGCUGAGCCCAUUCGUGGCAGCUUGGGUGGGGUGGAGGUGGGCAGUGGCGGCAGUGUGGCAGCCCUGCAGCCUGGCCUGCCACCGCCUCCUGCCAGCCUCCGCCCUCGACUGGUGUUCCACACUCAGCUGGCCCAUGGCAGCCCCACUGGCAGGAUCGAGGGCUUCACCAAUGUCAAGGAGCUGUACAGCAAAAUUGCAGAGGCUUUCAAGAUCCCACCAGUUGAGGUGAUGUUCUGCACCUUAAACACCCACAAAGUGGACAUGGACAAGCUGUUGGGUGGCCAGAUCGGUCUGGAGGACUUCAUCUUUGCACACACAAAGGGCCAGAGGAAGGAGGUGGAGAUCUUUAAGUCCGAGGAGGCCCUGGGCCUGACCAUCACUGACAAUGGAGCCGGCUAUGCAUUCAUUAAGAGGAUCAAAGAAGGAAGCGUCAUAGACCGGAUCCAGGUCAUCAAUGUGGGCGACAUGAUUGAGUCCAUCAACGGGCAGAGCCUCAUCGGCUGCCGGCACUACGAGGUUGCCAAGAUGCUCAAGGACCUGCCCAAAGGCCGCACCUUCACGCUGAAGCUAACAGAGCCCCGGAAGGCAUUCGAUAUGAUCAGCCAGCGGGCCGCAGGGGGCAAGCACAACAGUAGCUCCCAGCUGGGCACUGGCAGAGGGACCCUACGGCUGCGGGCCAAGGGACCGGCCACCGUGGAGGAGCAGCUGUCUGCAUUUGAGGAGAGGGCGAUUGAGAAGGUGGACGACCUGCUGGAGAGCUACAUGGGCAUCCGCGACACGGAGCUGGCUGCCACCAUGGUAGAGCUGGGGAAGGACAAGCGGAACCCCGACGAGUUCGCUGAGGCGCUGGAUGAGCGGCUGGGUGACUUCGCCUUCCCCGACGAGUUCGUCUUUGACGUGUGGGGUGCCAUCGGGGAUGCCAAGGUUGGGCGCUACUAGGACUCGGCGGGCCUGGCCUGCUCUGCCCACCCUGGAUCUGCUGUGCCCUUGGGCUAGGCAAGGGAGUGUUCUGCCGCUGCCCUCGUGUGGACCGGGGGGAAGGGGAGACGCCACGGGCCCGGCUCUGUGCCUGGCUCCAGCACUGCUCUGGCAAACACUCCAGCUCCGGCUCCUCGCCCCCUCCUCUCCACCCAGGGCCCUGUGUGCACCUCUCUAGGGCCAGCCCUUCCUGACUGUACCUGGAGCCGCAUGGGAGCCGGGCUCGGGCUCUUCUCAAUCCCCCCAGUGCUAGAGGCGGCGGAGGGGACAGCUGCUGGGCAUUAUGGAGCACUAAGCUGAGCCGUCGUGUGCCCCUGGGGAAGGCUGCAGGGAGGUGGGACUGGGCAGGCCCUUGGGGGUGCUCCCUCUCCAGUCCUAGGGGGCAGCAGGGGAGUGAGGGGGCCAGGAGCUGGACAGGAUUCCCACCUCCUGCGCUGCUCCCUGGGGUGGAGAGGGGUGUGUGGCCUGGGACCUGGCCCCCCUCUUCAGUCAUCAGGGUAACCUCCUGGCCGCUGCUGGGGAGUCCCUCGACUGUACCUCUGCCUGGGCGCAGCCUCCUGCCGGGCAAUAACCCCGGUGCCUUUAAACGAACCCGGUGCCUGUGUUCCACGUGUGGCUGUUUGUGAGCAGAGGCCCCCCACCCCAUGCCCGUAUGGUACACCCACCCCGCUGCCCGUCAGCACCCAUCUAACCACUAACGGGAGCGAGGCCGCUCCGCGUGGGCUGCCGCUGGCAGGGUGCCCGUAACAGCCUGCUCGCUCCUCCUCCGGGGCAUUCUGAGCUCGCCCCAGCCCCCGCCCUGCUGCUCUGUUGGUACUGUGCUGCCCUGUCCCUUCACCUGCGUUAAUCCUUCCUCCUUCCCGGGUGGAGCCCUGAGCUGCGAGGGGCUGGCAGGGGCUCUGGCCUGCGGCGGCGGCAGGUAGCGUGUGGGGCUGCAGGCAGCGUGUGGGGCUGCAGGCAGGCUCCUCGUAUGGGGCUGCAGCCCCGAGCAAUGCUGAGAUCCCUUGUUCCCCUCAAAGGCAGCAUGAGACUGGGAGCUGCUGCUAACUCGGGGGAUGGGAUGGCUUGCUCCCAUCCCCUCAUCCUGCUCCCCCUGUUACCCUCCCUGCCCCCACCCCCUGGGGAAAGGAAUCAACAGCCUGCAGUGCCCCCUGCUGGCAGAGGCCUGGCUGGGGUAUCUGGGAGCUCCCCUAUGGCCAGAGUUCCUGCACCCUGUUGCACCCCCUGCUGGCAGAACCUCUCUGGUGCGUUCAGGCUCUGUCACAGCUGAGCCCCAUUGCCCUGGGACCCCUCCUCCACUGACCUGCUGCCAGAAAGGCUUCUUUGGGGGUGCAGUGGGGCCCUGCCCCACCUACCACAGAGGAAUAGCCCCAGGCUGGGUCCCGCUCCUUGGGUCUGCUCCCCCCACUGCAGGGAGGGUGGGCCAGGGGCUCGGUCCCCCCUCCAGCCCCAGACCUACGUGGGGCAGCAGCAUUCCCCUGGAGCAGCUCAGGAAUGACUGGGUGUCUCUUGCUGCGGCUGGAGCCCUGCGCUCCCCUGGCUGUGCUGUUCACACCCCACAUCCACAGCAGCUGCUCUCUGCUCCCGGCCCGCAGGCAGUGGGUGAGUGGGACAGGGGAGUAUCCCUUAGCUCUCAGGCAGCCCCCACCCCUACUGCUGCCCCCAGAGCAUCGCAGCCCUGGGGGGUGGUCAGAGGGUUAAAGCCACUUGUCUCCUCUCCUACCUCCUGCUAAAAAUCACACCAAAUGGUCAGGCCAGUUCUAUUCACAGCCUCCCAGCCCACCUUCCCUUCCCACCCACCCCAUUUCCACUCUCCAUUCUCUGGGGGGGGUUGAACUGACUCCCCCCUGGGGCAGGUGCACCAGGCCCUUCAGGUUGUAUACGUCAACGGGGCUUGCGGUGGGUUUUCCAGCUGAUCUGGGUUCCCCCCCUGGACUCAGCCAGGCUCCCCUGCCUGCUUCACGCUGCUCUGACUUCCUGUGUAAAGAGAGUGUCACCCCCUGUUCUGCUGUGGGGGAACAUCCUCCUCCCCCUCCCAUGCUGCUGGAGGCCACAGCCCUAGUCCCUGGGCCAAGCCACGGUGCUGGCCCUGAUGUCCCAUCCCUAACGCAGGUGGGUGGGUUAAUCAUCUCUCCUAGCGUCUACACUCUGUGAUGAUUAACUGCCCCCGGGGUGGGGGGGGGUCCCCUCACCAGUCUGAGCCUGUCGUAACACUGUCCCCCACAUCCCCCUCUGCAGUGCCCCAUGUGGGGUUAGGUCUAACCCCUCCCCCUCACUCCUUAUUCUGAGGGAAUCCCCCACUGCACCCAUGGGGUGGGGGUGAGCUGACACUGCUGCAGGGCUGGGGUCCCCUUGGGCUGGCUUGGAGUUUUUCGAGAUCCUUUUAAAGAAGCUGAAGGAGCUAGUGGCUGGAUCAGGACUCCUGGAUUUUAAUCCCUGGCUCUGGGAGGUGUGUGUGUGGGGGCCCCUACGCAUUAGACCAGGGGCAUCAGAGACAGGACUCGUGGUUCUGUUCUCAGCUCUGCUGCCACCUCUCACCCUUGGGCAUCUCCCCUCCCCUCUGUCUUGUCUUUAUCUGUUCACUCUGGAUCGGACUGACCUACCUCGCAGGGCGGGCGUGAGGACGCGCAAUGUUUGUAAAGCUCCACGUGCUGCAAUAUUUAUAUCCCCUCCUGGCACCUGUCUUGGGCAGCAGGCUGGGAGCCCCAGGAUUGCUCCCUGUCUCCCAGCUUCUUCAGUCACUGUCCAGCCCUCAGGCACCUACUGUAUCUAUGACACUAAGCCCAGCACUGGUGCUUGGGCCCGGGCCCUGGCUCGGAGGGGAGUGGGCAAAGCAAGGGACUUGGAGGGGGCGGUUACAUUGCGAGGGGCUUCAGGCCCCCAGGGUGGGCAGUGACCCCCUGCUGAGCAGGGCUUGGUCAGGGUUGGGAGUCCCAGAGACCAAGGCCCCUCUGCCCCCCCCCUUCACGCUGUGAUGGAAGUGAGCUGUGACCCCCAAGCUGAACCCUGGUCCCCUGGGAGCUGCUGACAGGGGGCAGAUCCCCCAUCCUCCCAGGCCCUAUUUUUGUAUUUUACCUGUAAAGCAUCUUUAACAUAAAAAUAUAUCGACUCUA